AUGCCUAAGAACAGCAAGGUCGUAAAAAGAGAAAUAGAUGAUGAUGUCAUCGAGUCAGUUAAAGAUCUCCUAUCCAAUGAAGACUCUGUUGAAGACGCUUUCAAGAAGAGUGAGCUGUCCGUUGAUGAUCAGGAGGAUAAAGAUGUAGAUGUAGAAGAGGGAUCUGAUGUAGAAGAUGAGAGACCAGCUUGGAACAGCAAACUUCAGUAUAUUCUGGCACAAGUUGGAUUUUCUGUAGGGUUGGGGAAUGUGUGGCGAUUUCCAUAUCUGUGCCAAAAAAAUGGUGGAGGUGCCUAUCUUGUGCCAUAUUUAAUUUUGCUGCUGGUUAUAGGGAUACCACUCUUUUUCCUGGAACUUUCAGUAGGCCAGAGAAUCCGCCGUGGAAGCAUUGGAGUAUGGAAUUAUAUCAGCCCCAAACUUGGUGGAAUUGGAUUUGCAAGCUGUGUAGUGUGCUAUUUUGUGGCUCUUUACUACAAUGUCAUCAUUGGUUGGAGUUUAUUUUACUUUUCUCAGUCCUUUCAGCACCCGUUACCUUGGGACCAGUGUCCUUUGGUGAAAAAUUCUUCUCAUCCUUUUGUGGAGCCGGAGUGCGAAAAAAGCUCAGCUACCACCUAUUACUGGUACCGAGAAGCACUCAAUAUUUCUAACUCUAUCUCAGAGAGUGGAGGUCUGAACUGGAAAAUGACUAUCUGCUUAUUGGCUGCUUGGGUGAUAGUGUGCCUAGCAAUGAUCAAAGGAAUCCAGUCUUCAGGCAAGAUCAUGUAUUUUAGUUCCCUUUUCCCUUAUGUGGUACUUAUAUGCUUUCUAAUCAGAGGGCUGCUCUUAAAUGGUUCACUGGAUGGCAUUCGCCACAUGUUUACUCCCAAGCUUGAAAUAAUGCUGGAGCCCAAGGUCUGGAGAGAAGCAGCUGCUCAGGUGUUCUUUGCCUUAGGGCUUGGAUUUGGUGGAGUCAUUGCCUUUUCAAGUUAUAACAAGAGAGACAACAACUGCCAUUUCGAUGCUGUUCUGGUGUCCUUCAUCAAUUUUUUCACUUCUGUGCUGGCAACUUUGGUGGUGUUUGCUGUUCUGGGCUUCAAAGCAAAUAUCAUAAAUGAGAAAUGCAUUAUCCAGAAUUCUGAAAAGAUUGUCAGACUUCUGGAGGUAGGCAAUGUUAGCCGGGCUGUGAUACCUCCUCAUAUUAGUUUUGUUAACAUCACAGCAGAAGAUUAUAAUUUGGCUUAUGAUAUGAUCAAGAAAGUCAAAGAAGGCGAGUUUUCUGCUCUUGGUCUGAAACCCUGCCUAAUUGAAGAGGAGCUUGACAAGGCUAUUCAAGGAACUGGAUUAGCUUUCAUUGCCUUUACAGAAGCUAUGACACACUUUCCUGCUUCUCCAUUCUGGUCAGUGAUGUUCUUUCUCAUGCUGGUCAAUUUGGGGCUUGGCAGCAUGUUUGGAACCAUUGAAGGGAUCACUACACCUAUAGUAGAUACCUUCAAAGUAAGAAAAGAAAUUUUGACUGUUGUGUGUUGUCUUCUAGCAUUUUGUAUUGGCCUAAUAUUUGUGCAGCGGUCUGGUAACUACUUUGUAACGAUGUUUGAUGACUACUCAGCUACAUUGCCACUGCUCAUUGUGGUCAUUUUGGAGAAUAUUGCUGUGUCUUAUGUUUAUGGGAUCGACAAGUUUAUGGAAGACCUGAAAGAUAUGCUUGGUUUUUCUCCAAACCCAUACUAUUAUUACAUGUGGAAAUACAUUUCCCCUAUUGUCUUGCUAUCUCUGUUAGUAGCUAGCAUUGUCCAAAUGCUAUUAAGCCCUCCUGGUUACAAUGCAUGGAUUGAGCAUAAGGCUACUGAGGAAUUCCAGAACUAUCCAAAAUGGGGGCUGAUUGUGUGUAUAUCCCUGAUUAUUUUUGCUAUGCUCCCUGUUCCAAUUGUCUUCUUGAUUCGCCGCUUCAACCUUAUCGAUGAUAGCUCUGGUAGCUUAGCAACUGUUUCCUACAAAAGAGGGCGAAUCAUAAAGGAGCCUGUGAAUCUUGAGGGAGAUGAUACUAGUCUGAUUCAUGGCAAGAGUCCAAGUGAGGUGCCAUCUCCAAGUUUUGGUAAAAACAUAUACCGAAAGCAGACCGGUUCUCCAACUGUGGAUACUGCUCCUAAUGGUCGCUAUGGUAUUGGUUAUCUAAUGACAAACAUGUCAGACAUGCCAGAGUCUGAUUUGUAGCUGCAGAUCAAAGCUGAUGUCUCUCAUUCUGAACCACUGAACAUUUGUUCUCUGAAGAGAAGUGGACAGCUUCACUUACUAGAGCGCAAUCUCAGGUGCCUCAUGCCUAUGUACAUCAAAACAUCAUAACAUGUGGUACAAAUAGCUUGAAAAUUCCCUUUGGCUUGAUUGUCUGGUUUCCAUUUGUACUGAAGGGAAUGCACAUAAAUACCAAUCAAUGAUGGCCUAGCUUUGUCACGAUUGCCAAUUUUUAAAAAAAUUAUUUUUGCAUUUAAUUUGAAAGUUUUCUAUCUUUAAAGUACAGGUGUUACCUCAGUUUGUAGCAAUUUUUUAAGUGAAUUCAUAUUUCUCUACUGCUGUAACUGAAAGCUCUUUCUUUUUCCCCUUGCAACUCCCCCCCCUUCAAAAAAAAAUUGGAUGAAUUAACUCCAAAGAGUUUGCCAAGCCUGUAUUGACUGCACUUAUUUGUAUAUACGUUUUGUAGAUACCCUGUACUUUUUUUAAGCACUCAUAGUCUCUUAGGCUACUAGCUGAGUAAAACACAAACAAAACAAAAAUUCUGCAGAUUAUUUUCUUACAUGUAAUAGCUGUAUAGAGCAAUAGUAUUAGAAAACCAAGUAUGAUUACACUGGAAACACAAAAAUUCCUCAGACUCUGGGGAACUGUAUACGAUGUGGCUGUAUUUUACAUACUAUAUUUGGUUUUCAGUGUGAAAAUUAUGUGAGUCAAUCCAAGACUCUUAAAGAUUGUGCAGAUUCUGCAUUUUUCUAAGCUGUGUGCCUAAAAAAUAAAAAUAAAACAAGAACCCCCUUCCUAAUAUUUAUUGUGGUUACAUGAUUACAUAUAUUAUAUUUAUAUAUAAUAUACUUGUAAUGUACAUAUGUAUAGUAAUAUUGUAUGUAAUAGCUUCAUACUGUGAAGCAAGAUGGCUUUAUAAAUGUUUCUUUCUGUUUUGCUUCUUUUUUAUGCAAAGAGGAAAUCUUUUUUCCCGCAGUCAGUGAUAAUUACGAACUCUAUGGUAUUACAUUUAAUCUAAUAAUUAAAGAGAGUGGAAAGAUG